UCAAAAUGUAGUCCACAUGAAGCUUUCUUACCAAGAGAUAAGGUUCACUGCACAAGUAGAGAGAUAUCCAGCAGCAAAACGAAUUAAGCUCUCCAAGCCAAAUUGGAGAUCUAUGGCAGCCAGAUCAUGCAACUCUAUGAUCUCAAGACUUGUACCUGAUCCUUUGAUGCUGCCUCAUCUCCCAAACACAAGAAGCAGCCUCAGCUUCUCCAGCCAAUCCUGCUCCGAAACACGGGCUACUGCAUUGCCGUCGAAUCGAGUUGAAGCCCCUCAUAAAAACCCGAAAAAGGCGUCAAGAUCACCGCGCAAACUAAUCUCCGUCCCGACAUCGGGGGGAAGAUGGCAAGAUAAGUGGUGCAGUGAAUUUGCAUUCACUAUGGGAGAGCUUCAGCUAGUAGAUUUACUAGAUGAAGAUAAAGAGAAGGAUGCAGAGGUCUUUGUUAGCCUCUCUGUUCAGAAGCACACUGGUUUUGGAUUCUCAAUAGAUGGCCGAAUUGUGACUUCCUUCAGCAGGAAAUGCAGCUGUUGCUUUUCAUCAUACUGCAGAAAGAUUGAUGCCCCAUUCAAUGUUUGGGUUCUACCUUCUUCCAAGAACAGUGAGCUUGAGAUGCCAGAAAUUGGUGGAAAUGAUCCAUCUCAGGUCAUCUAUGUGAAACCUGGAUCAGAAGUAGAUCUUGAUUCACUAAUCAAGGAUACAAUUCGCUUAACAGCGUCAGCAGAGGACACCUGCUCAGAAUCAUGCGCGAAAUCAGCAGUUGUAUGGCAGUAUACGGAUCGAAACAGGGGCUUCGAUCAAAGGUGGUCGAGGCUGCUAGAGUUGAAAAAUGCACUUAGAAGUUGAAACAAGUCAGUUCUGCUACUGAAGGCCAAACAAGUCCAGAGAUUAUAUAAAGAGGGAGAGUUGUUAGUAUGAUAUAUCACUAGUACUUAUACAAAUGUCCCCAGAUUCAGCAAGAAAGGGAAAUUUCUGAUGGAGAAAAUUUGAUGUGCUUCAAAAUAUUGCCAUCAGUAUAUAUUAGAUUCAAGCAGAAAAAUAUCAAAGUUAGAAGCAGAGAUUACAUAUUGUUUGUGUUUGUAAAUAAGGUCAAGGGAUAGCUAAUGAGAAGGCUUGUUCAAUGAUCUAUUGCAUAUUUUUUAAAAUUUUCUGAAUCUGCAAAAUAAGAAGCAUACACAUGUAUACUGUUUA